GUAUAUCGACGACGCGUCGAUUUCGCUUGGCCAUUCGGGGGAGCGGGUCAUCGCGUUUCGACCAUGCCACGCUUCUUCUUUCUUCUCUUCUCUUCUCUUCUCUUCUCUUCUCUUCUCGAGACACGACGUGCGUCGUGGUGGAAAAAAGGCCGACUCUCACGGAGACUGGCCGUUCGUUCGAUUUUCCUCAGUUCUGUUCGGCGAACGUGGCGCAUCAGAUCGUUCGUUGCGCGGAUGCCUCGCUUGUACGCAAAUAAAUCGCGACGUCGUUUUCCUUGAUAAACGCCGACCGCCAUCGAGUUGGCGCACAACCGGCCGGCCCUCGUCGUCGCCGGAAGUCAUUAUCGCGCGUACCAAGGAGCGCAGUAUGAGAGUCCGAAUAGUUUUGUUAGGAAUUUUGCUCGUCUGCACCAGCAUUCAAUAUGCAGAUAGCAGAUCGAAGAAAACGACGCAGUUAUCGCUGCAGAGCAAAGAGACUAAUGUGGUAAAUUUUAUGCGGCUGCUAAUGAUGAGAUUGGUCUUUGGGGUAGCUUCGGCAAUGGGGUUGGGUGAAAAUCUCUCGGGUGUACUUGGUGGAAUUUUCGUGCCGCCCGGAGCCGAGGAAUACAAUGAGGAAUAUGGCGAUGAUGACUUGAUCGUACCUGAUAUAUUCUAGAAAUAGAUCUCUUCUAGCUUGAUUGUGCGUCUUCGACAUAUAGCUAUACGGCAUCGAUUGCAUUUUAAAAAUUAUGUCAAAAUAUAUGCUUUUAAAUAAUUAUUUCAACAAAAUCGAUCGAAAUUGUGAGAAGCGAUGAUAUUUUUUUACUGUGUGUUUGAAUGAACUAACUAAAUUUAGAGAAUAUACUCUUUGACGCAACUGUUAAGAAAAACCAUUCUGGUCAUUGUUAUCUUAAAUUAAAAACACAAAUAUAAUAAACUUUGAUAAA